GUGCGGCGCUAGCGCCAUCGUCACUGUUUGGUGUGGGAGUUGAAGCUCUCGAGCUGUUUUUUUCUCCACUUUAAUUUCUGGGUUCGUUUCGGAUCCUGUUUGGGUUAAAAAUCCCACCAGAACCGGGUUGCUUCGUAUCGACCAAGGCUGACCGGACAGCUGGUGCUUCCCGCUCGUUUUUAAUCCGCAAAAUAGAGUCUUUAUAAUCCGCGACAACCGCGAAGACAUGAGCGUGGAGGCGUACGGGCCGAGCUCGCAGACCCUAACCUUCCUGGACACCGAGGAAGCGGAGCUGCUUGGAGCCGACACCCAGGGCUCGGAGUUCGAGUUCACCGACUUCACUCUGCCGAGCCAAACACAGACCCAGGGCCAGACGCAGAGCCAGCUCGAUAGCCAGGUGAAUGGUCCGGACGGGAUCUUGCAGAAUGGUGGGGUGGACGACCCUGUGGCCAAGACCAGCCAGCUACUGGCCGAGUUGAACUUCGAGGAGGAUGAGGAGGACACUUACUACACCAAAGACCUCCCUGUGCAUGCCUGCAGCUAUUGUGGGAUCCAUGACCCUGCAUGUGUGGUCUAUUGUAACACCAGUAAGAAGUGGUUCUGCAAUGGACGUGGGAACACAUCCGGCAGCCACAUAGUGAACCAUUUGGUCCGAGCCAAAUGCAAAGAGGUGACGCUGCACAAGGACGGUCCGCUGGGGGAGACGGUGCUGGAGUGCUACAACUGUGGCUGCCGGAACGUCUUCCUGCUGGGCUUCAUCCCGGCGAAGGCUGACUCCGUGGUGGUGCUCCUCUGCAGGCAGCCUUGUGCCAGCCAGAGCAGCCUAAAGGACAUCAACUGGGACAGCUCCCAGUGGCAGCCGCUGAUCCAGGACCGCUGCUUCCUGUCGUGGCUGGUGAAGAUCCCCUCUGAGCAGGAACAGCUGCGUGCUCGGCAGAUCACGGCUCAGCAGAUCAACAAGUUGGAGGAGCUAUGGAAGGAAAACCCCACAGCCACCUUGGAGGACCUGGAGAAACCUGGCGUGGAUGAGGAGCCUCAGCACGUGUUGCUGCGCUAUGAAGAUGCCUACCAGUACCAGAACAUUUUUGGGCCCCUUGUGAAGCUCGAGGCCGACUAUGACAAAAAGCUGAAAGAGUCUCAGACUCAAGACAACAUAACGGUCCGUUGGGACCUCGGUUUGAAUAAAAAGCGCAUUGCUUAUUUCACGCUUCCCAAGACGGAUUCAGGUGAUAUGCGUCUGAUGCAGGGAGAUGAAAUCUGCCUGCGGUACAAAGGAGACUUGGCCCCCCUCUGGAAGGGCAUAGGGCAUGUCAUUAAAGUCCCCGACAACUACGGAGAUGAGAUUGCUAUCGAGUUGCGGAGCAGCGUUGGCGCCCCCGUGGAAGUACCACACAAUUUCCAGGUGGAUUUUGUGUGGAAAUCCACAUCCUUUGACAGAAUGCAGAGUGCAUUGAAGACCUUCGCAGUGGACGAGACCUCUGUCUCGGGGUAUAUCUACCACAAGCUCUUGGGACACGAGGUGGAGGAUGUCAUCAUUAAGUGCCAGCUCCCCAAGCGCUUCACUGCCCAGGGCCUGCCUGACCUCAACCACUCACAGGUCUAUGCUGUGAAGACUGUACUGCAGCGGCCACUCAGCCUCAUCCAGGGUCCCCCUGGCACCGGGAAGACGGUGACCUCCGCCACCAUCGUCUACCACCUGGCCAGACAGGGCAAUGGGCCUGUGUUGGUCUGCGCUCCCAGCAACAUCGCCGUUGACCAGCUGACCGAGAAGAUCCACCAGACAGGCCUGAAGGUGGUGAGGCUCUGCGCUAAGAGCCGGGAGGCCAUCGACUCGCCAGUGUCCUUCCUGGCCCUGCAUAACCAGAUCCGCAACAUGGACAGCAUGCCAGAGCUUCAGAAACUCCAACAGUUGAAGGACGAGACCGGGGAACUUUCCUCUGCAGACGAGAAGCGGUAUCGCGCGCUGAAGCGCACUGCUGAGCGGGAGUUACUCAUGAAUGCGGAUGUUAUCUGCUGCACGUGUGUGGGAGCCGGUGACCCGCGUCUGGCCAAGAUGCAGUUCCGCUCCAUCCUGAUUGACGAGAGCACCCAGGCUACGGAGCCCGAGUGCAUGGUACCCGUUGUGCUAGGGGCCAAGCAGCUCAUCCUCGUAGGAGACCACUGUCAGCUGGGGCCGGUGGUCAUGUGUAAGAAGGCAGCUAAAGCUGGGCUCUCUCAGUCCCUCUUUGAGCGCCUGGUGGUCUUGGGGAUCCGGCCCAUCCGCCUACAGGUGCAGUACCGCAUGCACCCAGCUCUCAGCGCUUUCCCCUCCAACAUCUUCUACGAAGGUUCCCUGCAAAACGGGGUCACUGCGGCUGAUCGUGUCAAGAAAGGGUUUGACUUCCAGUGGCCCCAGCCGGACAAGCCCAUGUUCUUCUACGUGACUCAAGGGCAGGAGGAAAUCGCCAGCUCAGGAACUUCCUACCUGAACAGGACUGAAGCUGCCAACGUGGAGAAGAUCACCACCAAGCUGUUGAAGGCUGGGGCUAAGCCCGAUCAGAUCGGCAUCAUCACGCCCUACGAAGGCCAGCGCUCCUACCUGGUGCAGUACAUGCAGUUCAGUGGCUCACUCCACACCAAGCUGUACCAGGAAGUGGAAAUCGCUAGCGUUGAUGCCUUCCAAGGCAGAGAGAAAGACUUCAUCAUCCUGUCCUGCGUCAGAGCCAAUGAGCACCAAGGAAUUGGGUUUCUGAAUGACCCACGGCGUCUGAACGUGGCUCUCACCAGAGCCAGAUACGGCGUGAUUAUCGUGGGGAACCCCAAAGCUCUGUCCAAGCAGCCGCUGUGGAACCACCUGCUGAACUACUACAAAGAGCAAAAGGUGCUGGUGGAGGGCCCUCUCAAUAAUCUGCGCGAGAGCCUCAUGCAGUUCAGUAAGCCCCGCAAGCUGGUCAACACCAUCAACCCGGGUGCCCGUUUCAUGAGCACGGCCAUGUAUGACGCCAGAGAAGCUCUCAUCCCCGGCUCUGUGUACGACCGCAGCAGCACCGGCCGUCCAUCGAACAUGUACUUCCAAACCCAUGACCAGAUCGGCAUGAUCGGAGCAGGCCCCAACCCUGUGGCUGCCAUGAACAUCCCCAUUCCUUUCAACCUGGUCAUGCCUCCAAUGCCCCCACCAGGGUACAUGGGCCAAGGCAAUGGGCCUACCGCAGGCCGUGGAGCUCUGAAGGGGAAGGCGGGACGUGGGGGGCGGCAGAAGAAUCGUGGCAUCGGCAACCAUGGGGGCGGACAGAGCAACCUGCCGAACAGCCAGGCCAGCCAGGACGCGGCGUCUCAGCCCUUCUCGCAGGGGCCGCUCACCCAGGGCUACGUCUCCAUGAGCCAGCCGUCGCAGAUGAGCCAGCCGGGCCUGUCUCAGCCUGAGCUGUCACAGGACAGUUACCUCGGUGAUGAAUUCAAGUCCCAGAUUGACGUGGCUUUGUCCCAAGACUCCACUUACCAGGGCGAGCGUGCAUACCAACAUGGCGGGGUGACUGGAUUGUCACAGUACUAGAAUGUUAUGGGAUAAGGAGCUAGGCUUGAGCUGAGCUUAGUUCGUCAGAAUUUUAAUCUGGGUAAUAAUAAAAAAACAAAAAACGGAUACCUGUUUUCCACUGCUACAACUGAAGCACCACUGUGUGAAAGCAACAGGAGAGGGAAACCAACCAAUCACAAGAGGAAUAGGAAAAGGGGCAGACAGACAGGACGAGGAAGAAGAGAGAGAGAGCACUGCCAGUACACUGAGACGGGCGCCAGGAGGGAGGAGGACGCAAGCGGUGUGUGGUCGUGCUGUCGGGGAACACGAAUCAAAAAUGAGGCAGCUCCCUACGAAAGAAGCCCAUUCCCUCAAAAACCCUUCCACCACUUCCUGCUCAAGGAAUGACCUGUUGACUGAGGACCUUGAUCUUCAAGCAGAAAGAGGGAAAAGACAAGUUCUCAAGCAACUCGCGAGCUCAUUCCGUUUUCUCCAGAAACGGAGAAAAGAGUGGCGAACCGCUUCACGCAGGCAAUGUGGAAAAUCUUUACCUCAAAGUUGAUCUCAGUUUUUAACCUUUGAACCCAUUUGAUUUAAAAUUUUGUGGAAUAAGAGUGGUAGUGAUACAGCAGCUCUUAGGCCCAAAUCGCGUCAAAUGAUGAAGGCUGUUACUCGAGAGUAUGAAUUGAUCUUAAUCCAACUUUGAGUUCUUGCGUUAAGCAUGAAUGGUCCACUUGCCUUUGACUAUCUUAGAGUUCAGUGGCAGGUACACCGAGUCCUACUUGAAGUGGUAUAGUAGAGGUCUAUGGUGGUGUGGUCAUGGGAUUUUAAGGCAAAGUUUAGGGAUCUGAGCUAAGGAUCUGCAAUGUAAGAUGAGUUUUCUGAAGCAGCUUUCUUCUUGUAGAACCCGGGCAGAAUAAUGGAAAGGCCAGCAUUUCUGGGUGUGAACUUGGUGCAAUUUCCAAGUUGCAGCAAUUAUGUAUUGAUCUUUAAUGAAGGAGGGAGGAGAAUGGAAAUGAGGUCUGGAGCUACAGAGGGUUUUCAGUGUUUUAAAUGCAGCCUACGCUUAGAUUGGCUACUGUUCCAAAGAGGGGGUUUUACUUGGAGGAAAACUGCAUCGCCUUUGGCUGGUUGAGUUCGCUGCUAAAAGCAAUUCCCUGGACAAUGAGUCACACUUCAAGUCACCGUAACUGGGAAUGCAUCAUCUGGAAAUAUCUCAAAUGUGUGUAAAAAAAAAAAAAAAAAAAAAAAAAGGAAUUUAAACUCCAGUGAAGCUUUUAUUUACAAAUUAGAUGCUCUGGAUAUCUUUCAUCAUGCAAGGGUAGAAACUGCUCAUUUUACUUGUUAAACAUCAGAGCUUAUAAAGUGCAUAACUUCAGUUGUGUUAAAUGCACUGUUCCACCAUCUAAGUUUUCUCCUGCCACAUAUAGAAAGACUUGUACCUCUUGAUUUAAUUUUUACGAGAUCUUGAAGAAAGGUGUGGGAGAUCAGUCAGCAUAUGAGACGUGAGCCGUUGCGUCUUGCCGCUUCAGGCGUGCUGUGAUGGGCGCCAUAAACUCCUCUGUGAAUGUAGGUGAGACGGACAUGCUGGGUCACGCCGGCCGCCCGAGGGUGCGGCUGCACCAGCAGGCCUGAAGGGCACUCGAGAAACCCCAGCUCACUCAUGAGAAGGCCACUUUUCUAUCAGGGCUUGCCGAGACUAAUGACUGGCCGAAGGCCUUAUUUCUGAACUUUUACCUUUUGUGUUGGUUUUAUUUUGGCUUUUUUUUUUUUGUCAUUUUCCUGAUGUAGAUGUCUGUAGAUGUGACCCCCCCACCCCCGCCUUCCCAUCUGUGAAUCGUGAUGUAUCGUAACAUCCCUAAAAUGCUCUUCUCUGAUUGGAACCAUUUGCUUCUUGUUUGUGCCAUUUUCUUUCCUAGCAAUGAGCAUUUUUACAUCACCAAAGUCACUUUGCUAGACAUUGAACAGGGCAUUUUUCUUCAGCUAUCGUUAACCUUGUGUAGUUUUGGCAGAAUGGAAAAUCACCCUUGCUUUCUGUUACCCCCAACUUUUUACCUGUUGAGGUGUUCUGUGUUUUCUUAUAAAUUAGAGCACUAUCUGAGAAUGUAGACAUUACCAGCUUUCGUGCUUUUUGCGUUUUUGCAUAUUUGUCUUUUUCCCAGCCGUCAUUCAAUAUCCAUUCACUGGGUUAUUCUGAGAAAUUGUCAUGCCAGCAUCACAAGCCUUCUGGGACAGUAGCUCAAGCAUGUCAGGGGCUCCUUUGUAUAACACCGGGUUCGUGAGUGAUGCCUGCUGUCAGUGAAUGACUACUGCAUCUCUGUAACCAUCCGAGCCAGUGCCCAGGCAUCUUUAAUGUACAUCUUUUUGGUGAAUGGAAGCACUUUCCACUAUCAGUCUUUCAAUUGUGCACCUUAACAUUCUUUUUGCCAUGUGCAGUUUGGAGAUGUGGUGUGACACACAGGAGAGGAAAUGAGCUUUUGCUCUGGUUGUGUUUCAUUAAGUGAGGCGUGAGAGAGCGCGCUCGCCCCGCUCCACCUGUAGGCCUCUAGAUCUUCUCGCUAUUGGUCAGGAAAAGAAAAGCAACCUAAGACAGGGAUAAUCAAGGGUCAUUGUUCCCGUUUCACCUGAGUCAAAAGGAAACUGAAAUUUGUUUCUUGCAUAUAUCGUUUUUUAAAAACAGCAGGAGUGUGAAAUGCUGUUUUUUUUUUUUUUUUUUUGAUGUGGAAACUGCUUUUAUUUCACUGUACUGAUCAGCUGUUACACUGAAUGAUUCUCUAAUAAUUGGAACUUCUAAAGAAAAUAAAAUAAAGGUUGCUUCUCCUUUUCAA